CGUUCUCUCCAACGUAUUGGUUUUUUGCUCUCGGUCAAUUUCUGAUUGGAAUUGCGACAACUGGUAUUUAUACUAUUGGGUUUGUACUUGGAAUAGAACUGGUAGGACCAAAGAAACGCAACUUUGCUGGUAUGGUAAUUUGCAUAUUCUAUGCUAUGGGAUAUAUGUUGCUAGCUGUUAUUGCAUUUGCUGUAAGUGGUAACUGGAGGCAACUUGAAAUCAUAUUGGCAGUUUUGACUGUGCCGUUCUUUUUAUAUUACUGGUUCGCAAACAGUUUUGUGUACUAUGGCUUGUCUGUUAACGUAACAUCACUAUCGGACAAUCCAUAUGCCAGCUUUUUCCUGUAUGGCGCAGUGGAAAUUCCUGCGUAUCUAUUGACAUGGUAUUUAUUGGAUAAAGUUGGGAGAAGACUGCUAAUCUGUGUAUUUAUGGUGAUUGGCGGCUUAAGUCUGAUUAUAAUAGCUCCAGUGAAUAACACAUCAUUGGAUGGCUUGGUGUCAUUUUUGGCGUUAUUUGGCAAAUUUUGCAUUGCUGGUUCCUAUGCAAUAGUUUAUAUUUUAGCAGCAGAGAUAUAUCCUACACCUAUCAGAAAAAAUAUGAAGAAUACAACUGCAAACGUUAAAGCUCGUACAACUGUAGAAAUUGGCGUACAAGUGGACAUUGACGAGGCCUUGAUUAUGGACGCCAACGAUCACUAA